AGAAUGUUGGCAGUCAGCCAUUUAGGUAGGUUCGAAUGGGACCCCGAAAUCUUUUUAUAGAUCCACGUGUCGUUCACGUGUAUUGUCAUACAUUCGGAACAUGUGAAUUUAACCACUGAGAGAAUCAAACCCUAGGUGUGAUGAAGUGGAUUAUAACGUGAACGAGACAAAAUUCAUUGAUAGUGAAAUAUGUGUGUAAAUUAACUAUUGAAACAACCAAACAACCACACCUCAGGUGUGAAGAAGAGUGAUAUAACAUGAGCCAGAUGAACUUCAUUUUGCCAGCGUAUGGGGCCAUAGGCCGCUAAUGGAAUUAAACCGGUUUCGGUCACAGGUAUCACUACUGACUAUUAGACAGAAAUCAGCCUAGCUGUCAAGACCAACGUUACUGUGUGAUGCCGACGCACCGUUGAGCACCAUCAUGGUUCGAGGACUCAUGAAGAUGUUUUUUGUAAUUGUCCUCUUUAUGGCUGUACCUAUAGGAGCCUAUAAACAUCGAUCAUUUGCCGAAUGCGAGAACCAGUCUGGAAUGGUUUAUUAUGACCGAGUAGAGAAAGUUUGUAAAUGUGACAAUAGCCAGUGUUACAGCAGAAGAAAUCCUCUUGGCGUUUACGUCAAAGAAGAAGAAUGUGUCCACCUACAUAUCUACUGUGACAAAGGGAUGCAGCCCGAUUCUACUGAGACUCAGUGUGUGGUAUGCCCGGAAGGCACGUUCAAAUAUGACAAGGGGUGCGAGUGGUGCACGCCGAUGACUACUUGCAGUGGCACCGAAUGGACUGUAUUUAAUGGCAACAGCACUACGGACAGAAUUUGUACAGUAACAAAACCCGAUACAACUGUAAUAUAUCCCCAACGACAUUCAAACACAAAACAAAAUAUCAUACCCGAGACCACUACUACACAAAUUGUGACCAUUGGAGUGAUUAUUAAAAGAAGAGGAAGUACGUUGUCGGCAGAUUUCUUUUAUUCAUUUUGCGGCAUUUGCGGAAUAAUUUUGUUUGCUGCCAUGUUUGGUAUGUUUUGUGCUGGAGUUAUAAAACAGCUGGUCCAACGUACGGAGAAUGACGUUGAAAGAGUUGAAGGUCGAAAUGAUAUGGACAGAAAAGCAAAACCGUGGGAAAUAACCCAAACUUAUAUUCACCAAGUCGAUGAGAGCAAGGAUACAAAUGGACAAAUACCCAUAGAAGACUCUAUGGCAGUUGGGAGAGCGCACACAGUUGGACAAACACUCGCAAUAGUUCACCAAGUCGAUGAGAGCAAGGAUACAAAUGGACAAAUACCCAUAGAAGACUCUAUGGCAGUUGGGAGAGCGCACACAGUUGGACAAACACUCGCAAUAGAUGAGGAUGAAGUAAUUCCUAAAGUCUAUCAGUGCAUCCAAAAUAAUGUGACUAACAAAGAAUGCAACAGUGACGGUGUAACGAGCUUUAAUGAGUGUUCAACCUUGAAUUUUUCCUCUCUACUAAAAGACAGAUUUACGCUGGACAAACAAACCUGAGGGUCAGCAAAACUUCUUCGGUAAUUGAAAACACUAACUGGAAAUGGUUACUCUUCAACACUUUAUCAAAAGUACUGCUGUCGAACAAUAUAUUGCUGCCCGUGUGAUGAAAUGAUGAAUUAACAAAUGAACAUCAUAGUCACUUCAUCUUUCGUGUGGAACACAUUUUGCAGUCAAUGCAGAAAACCCUUGAAUUUGAGAGCAGUGGACCAUUUCAGCAAUUUUUAGUCAAUAUUAAAAUAUAGAGGGGCCAUUCUAUGUAAAAUUA